AUGAUAUUUAAAUCACCUUUACCACCUAUCCAAGUUCCUAAAACCGGUCUAAUCCAGUAUCUCUUUAAUAGCAGAAAAUUUACUACUCCCGAAAAUAAGGUCUUGUUUAUUGAUGUUGAAACAAAAAAGACCUUGACAUUUCGGCAAACAAAAGAGAAUAUUUUACGGUUUGCGGCUGGUUUACAAGACAAAUGUGGAUUCAAAAAGGAUGAUAUUUUGGCAAUAUAUGCCCCAAAUCAAUAUGACUAUAUUAUUCCUAUGCUAGGAACAAUUGUAGCAGGUGGCACAAUAUCUCUUCUUAACCCUAACUACAAUAAGACUGAACUUGAAUGUUAUCUCAAAAUGACCAAACCAAAAGUUCUCAUCGCUUUCCAAAGCAAUAUUAAAGUCGCUCUUGAGGCUGGAGAAAAGGCGGGAAUUCUUCCUCAAGAUAUAUUUGUAUUUGGGGAGGCAUCUAUUGAAGGUGUACAACCUUACACAAAAUAUCUUUUGACAGACCGUAUGGCUACACUGAUUGAAUAUACUGAAGAAGAAGCCAAGGAUUCUGUAGCACUUUUAUGCUUGUCUUCCGGAACCACUGGUAAGACUUUAAACCUGAAAUAUACCUUUUAUCUUAUACAUACGAACCUUACUACCAGCUUUGAGCAACACUUUGAAACCUAUAAAUACUGUCUUUAUCCAGAAAAUCACCGCUCACUUGGAAUACUUCCAUUUUACCACAUCUUAGGUCUAUACGCUGUUUUAAACGAAACUUUCUAUCAUGGAAUUCCUUUAUAUGUUUUACAAAAGUUUGAUUUUUCUUUGUUUUGCGAGACAAUUCAGAAAGAAAAAAUAACCAGACUAUAUCUUGCUCCACCAAUUAUCUUGCGGCUUUCAAACCAUACUGCCUUAGACAAUUAUAAUAUGUCAUCACUAGAAAUUGUUCAUUAUGGAGCUGCACCAGUGAGCAAAGAACUUGAUCAAAAAGUUAAAGAUCGAUUGAAAAAACCUGUACUCAGACAGCUCUAUGGCCUCUCGGAAGUAGGACUGAUAACCUAUGUUGGCAUGGUAGCAAAUGAUAAAGGCAUUGUAGGUAAACUUGUAUCGAAUAUGACAGCCAAAAUUGUCAAUGAAGAAGGCAAAGAAGUUGGAUACAAUGAAAGUGGUGAAAUAUGGCUUAAGGGACCAAAUGUUAUGAAGGGAUACUUGAACAAUCUAGCAGCAACUGCUGAGUGUAUUGACUCUGAUGGCUACUUCCAUACGGGGGAUAUUGCUGUAAUAGACAAUGAUGAUAACGUAUAUAUAGUCGAUCGUAUAAAAGAGUUGAUUAAAUACAAUGGAUUUCAGGUCCCUCCUGCUGAGUUAGAGGCCCAUUUGCUUGAAUCUCCCCUGGUUGCAGACUGUGCUGUCAUUGGAGUUUAUGACGAAAAGAAAGUAACUGAGUUGCCAAGAGCCUACGUUGUUCUAGCACCAGACGUUGAAGCCAGUAUAGAUACUGAAAUCAUGAUUAUGAAAUUUGUGGCAGAUAGGGUGGUUGCAUAUAAGCGCCUACACAGUGUUUUCUUUCUCAAAGAGAUUCCAAAAACUACAUCUGGAAAAAUUCUUCGAAAGAAAUUACUUAACAUAUUAGCUGCAUAA